CGGGCUUGUCCGAACUGGACGAGAAUGAGUCAUCUACCUGAAGAAACUCGACAAUUUCUGAAUUUAAGUGACACAUCACAUGUUUGUCUACUGGUGAAAAGAUCCAGUAUUUCUCAGAUAUGGAUAGGAUUCGUCGAAAGAUUUCAGAUCUUGGCGAAUUGAAGAAUGCAGACCGGACUUUUGUUGACGGAAACGCCAUGGCCAAGUUCGGCCUAACCGGCAUUACAUAUCGACCAUAUCAGAUAGAUGGCCUCAACUGGUUGAUACAGCGUUACCACAGAAACCACGGCUGUAUCCUUGGUGAUGAGAUGGGUCUUGGUAAAACUUGUCAGACGAUAGGCCUUCUGACUUACCUUUUUGGAUCUGGAAAAAGUCAGGGCCCCUUCUUGAUACUCAGCCCGCUUUCCGUGAUGGGAAACUGGAAAGAUGAAUUGGAAAGGUUCUCUCCCAAGUUGAAAUUUUUCACUUACAUGGGAGACAAAACCACAAGAGAAGAGCUGCAGAGUGACAUACGACAUUCAAAUAAUUGGCAAGUGCUACUGACAACAUAUGAGUUGUGCCUGAAUGAUGCAGCUUUCCUUCAGAAGUUCAGCUGGGAGGUCCUUAUUGUUGAUGAGGCUCAUCGCCUCAAGAAUCGCAGCUCUCUUCUCCACCAGACCUUGAAAGAAUUCACCAUCGGUCAUAGUGUUCUACUCACCGGCACGCCUGUCCAGAACAACUUGACCGAGCUCUACUCCCUUCUGUCGUUCGUGGCGCCUGGCAUCUUCAGAAGCAGCCUGAAGGAGAAAUUCCUGGAGGAGUACGAGAACAUGACAGAUGAUGCAGUGAAGAAUGACCUGCACUCCAUCCUGUUGCCUUUUCUGUUGAGGAGGACCAAAAAUGAAGUCGUUCUCGACAUCCCCAAGAAGUCAGAGGUGAUUCUCUACCACGGGUUGUCAGCCCUACAGAAGAAACUUUACAAGGCAGUCUUGACCAAAGAUUAUGAGGCCUUUCAAGAACAAGAUCCUGCUAGUCAGAGGCCCAAGACGAGACUCAUGAAUGUUCUGAUGCAGCUACGAAAAGUGGUUGACCACCCGUAUCUGUUUGAUGGUGUUGAACCCGAACCAUUUCAGCUGGGGGAACACCUUGUGGACUCCAGCGGCAAACUACACCUUCUGGAUAAGCUCUUGACAUUUCUGAAACAACGCAACCACAAAGUUCUUCUUUUCUCCCAGAUGACGCGUAUGCUUGAUAUACUUCAAGACUACCUGGGAUUCCGAGGUUACUCCUAUGAGCGUCUAGAUGGCUCUGUCCGCAGCGAGGAGCGCUUCCUGGCCAUACGGAACUUCAACGAACAAGACGAGACUUUUGCCUUCCUCCUCAGCACCAAGGCUGGAGGUCAGGGGUUAAACCUUGUUGCUGCUGAUACCGUCAUCUUUGUGGACAGUGACUUCAACCCUCAAAACGAUCUUCAGGCAGCUGCCAGGGCUCACAGAAUUGGACAGACAAGGCCGGUCAAGAUUAUUCGUCUGGUUGGUAAAGACUCAGUGGAGGAAAUAAUCAUCAAACGAGCAGAUGCCAAGCUGAAGUUGACCAAUCAGGUCAUAGAAGGAGGCCAGUUCUCUCUCGGAGGAGUGGGCCCAGCUGAAUCGGCGACUCAGCUUUCGGAAAUGCUGAAGUUUGGGCUGGAUCAGCUCCUGCAGUCAGCCGACAGCAGCAUCGAUGAUGUGGACCUGCAAGGCAUGCUGGGUAGCAGCGUGGACGGCCAGUGGGUGGAGGAAGAGGUGUCGUCUACCCAGCAUGCCUUGGAGGAAGGGGACGAGGAAAUGGAGGGGACGUCCGAAGGUGACUUGUACGUGUUUGAAGGGAAGGACUACUCCAAGGAACCUGUUGCAUCCAACAAGGACAGGGAGGCAUUUGAAGCACUCAUUGCUGCUGAGCUAGCCGAACAGGAGGACAAUGUGCAGCUGCCGCGGGCACUGCGGAAACACCGAAACAUCAAUGCCGUACCAGAUCUUCCCUUACCCCAACGGAAGAAGAAAGAGUACACGCCAGAGGAACUUGAAGAGAGAAAGAGAAAGCGAGAAGAGGCAGCCAUCAAGAGACAGGAAGCCGCGGCCAAGAAGGCCAAGUUGAUGGAGGAAGCCUUUGUGCGCAGAAUGCAGGAGAGAAGGCAGAAGCUUGAUAAACUGUGGGAAGCCAAUGACUACGAGUCUGCCAAUAUUGCCAUGGAAACGGAUGAGGAAGAUGAAGAAGAAGAGGAAGAUGACCUCUCGAUGUUGGAUGACGGGAACGAAGUCCGCACGAUUCAGUACGUUAGUGGUGACGUCACCCAGCCAAUCAACACUGGAGACAGAGAUGCCAUUGUUGUUCACUGCGUAGAUGACAGUGGAUCUUGGGGAAAGGGUGGACUUUUCACGGCCCUACAGAGGAGAUCAGACCAGCCGGAAACUCAGUACGAGCUGGCAGGAAAAAUGCAAGAUCUGGCCCUUGGGGAUGCCCAUUUGAUUGGCAUUGAUGACAAAAUGAGCCGUAGCAAGGGAAAUGAUAUGGUUGCUCUUAUUAUAGCUCAGCAUAGAGACAAACGCAACAACCUGUCUGGAAUCAAGAUGUAUGCCCUCAACCAAGGUCUUCAGCGGGUGUACAAGGCAGCAAAAGAGCGCAACGCGAGCGUCCACUUGCCACGCAUUGGCUACGCCACGCCUGGUUUCAACUGGUAUGGCACGGAGAAACUUAUUCAUAAGCUACUGGCGUCAAAAGGCAUUUCCACAUACAUCUACUAUUUCCCAAGACACCGUUCCAAGCGUCCCUCAACCAGUCCCCAAGUGCCCCGCCACAAACCCCACUCCUCAACUCCCUCCAGCGAUACAUCUGUGCCUUCGACGUCAACGGCCUCGCCCUCUACCCUUGAUGUAUCGGGGUGUGACCAGAGCGACGCGGGUGGGCUUCCGAGUUUCCUGCGAGGGGUGACGGUGACCUUCUGCGACCUUGCCGAGAGCGAAGUGAAGAAGUUGACCCGUUACAUUGUGGCGUAUGAUGGCGACGUCUCGGAGACUGUCAGUGAUCAAACAACUCACAUCAUAGCUGACGAGGAGACAGCAGAGGCCCAGGCUUUGAUGGACAUGAAAGCCGAGAAUUCAGAUGCAGUCAUCGUGUCCGCCAGAUGGUUACAGGACUGCAUAGCCAAACAGAGCCAUGUCAGCGUAGACAACUACCGGAUGUAGUCGCCAUGAAGAUAUGCAGAUUUAUGCAAAUGUUGCAGUUGAAGUAAACCGGAUCAAAUAAGUGAAAUCCUAAAAUUAAGGAUUAAAAUUAAGUUGAAAUUACUAUUGGCGUAUUUGGUGGCCUUUUUUGCAGCAAAUUUUAGUGAAUAAACAUGUCUUAAAUCUGAUAUUAAUUUUUGCCAAUGUAACUAUCAGCGUAUAUGUUCUUUGGGGAACUGCAUGAUUGGUUGUACUCUGUUACCUCAGAAGUGUUUUCCACUGUUUUUCACCCUUAAAGUACUUUUAAUGGUAAUAAUGGUUGAACAAUAAACGAGUGUCUUUGUUAUACUUCAUAUAGAUGGGGUGUGGCUUCAUGGGCAUCACCAGGAUUUUUUUCCGGGGGCACCUAUAUUUUCCAGGGGAGGAUUUCUGCUAAGGGGGGAGGGGUUUCAGAGUACUUGUCAAUUAAAAGACAAAGCCACAACUGCAUGAGGGGGACAGUUUUGAGGGGUUUUUUUGUUCAAGCAAAUUGAUGUUUUUCAUCAUCUUUGGGCUCUCUUUUUUCUCAUUUCCUUUUUUUUUUAAAACUUUUCUUCUUUUUUUUUUAAAACUUUUUUGUUGGGGAGUUGCGCCCUUUGACCCUCCUCAUGACAUCAUGGGUACUUCUGAAGAACCUGGAAUUGUGUUAGUAAAUGUUACAUAAAUCAUAUAAAAAUAAAACUUGGAGCCAAGCUAAAUAUCAGUUUGGCUCAGGUCGGCCUUA